AUGGAAGCUCUCGGCGAUGGAGAUGAUGACGAUAGUGAAAUGGAAGAUGUUCGGCUUACUGCGGAUGAUGCUAUUUUAUGUGUGGCAAAGACUGAAGAUGAUUUCGCCACAUUGGAGGUCCAUGUAUACGACCAGCGGAGAGGAAAUUUGUAUGUCCACCACGACAUUCCACUUCCGUCGUUCCCUCUUUGUCUUGCGCACGGACAGGUUAUAUCGAACGGUACAACCGGGAAUUUUUGCGCCGUAGGCACCUUUAGUCCGGGAAUUGAAAUUUGGAACUUAGAUGUGUUGAAUGCUCUUGAACCGUCUUGUUUUCUGGGUGGGGAGGACACUUCGAAUGCGGAUGAAAUAAUGAAGCUUCAAAUGAUGAAAGGGAAUAAGACAACUCACAAAAUUCCCAAGAGAAACGGCUUGAGAUCUGGUAGCCACACAGAUGCGGUAAUGGCUCUUUCUUGGAACGACAUUCACAAGCAAGUCAUUGCAAGUGGAUCGGCCGACUGUACAGUUAAACUAUGGGAUGUCACACAUGCUGGGACGAACUCCGAGGCGAAGUGCAAUGCGGCAACUUUCACUCACCAUCGCGAUAAAAUUCAGUGCGUUGCAUGGCACCCAAAAGAAGGGACGUUGCUAGCAACAGCUUCUUACGAUAGCACUGCCUCGCUGAUUGAUGCACGGGGUACAAGUGCCGAUGCUAAAUCAGUAAGACUCGCUGCGGACCCAGAAGCUAUCGCGUGGGAUCCGUUUAAUCCGGAGUAUUUGACAGUGGCUACUGAAGAUGGCACAAUAACAUGCUGGGAUGUACGAAAGUUUGAUUCAUCAGCUCCACUUUGGUCGUUUAUUGCGAACGAGUACGGAGGCAUUAAUGACCUCUCCUAUAACUCGAGCGUUCCGGGCAUGAUGGCAACAUGUUCCACUGACAAGACGGUGACACUUUGGGACGCUUACCCAAAGAAUGGUGUGCCUAGCAUGAACGAACCUCCGCGACCUUGCGGGAGCAGAGAUAUGUGUGGUGGAAAACUGUACACUGUGGCGUUUUAUCCUUCAGCCCGAUGGUUGCUGGGGUGCGGUGGUUCUGGGAAUCAAUUAUCACUUUGGGAUCUCUCUAGCGAGGAUAGCGUGCAACACAAAUUCAGCUCC